AAGUGUUGAGUGAGAGGAACGUGCCACCAACAGAAGUUGUAGUCGCGAGAAGAUGCGUAAAACCUGAAAGCUUUACCUUGUAUUUUUUCUCCACCUUUCUAUCCGUAGAAGAAGAAACUAUCGGAAUACCACCAAGAUACUGGCGACCGCAAUUCUGAUCUGGUUUCUGGUCAUGUGCGGAGGAGAUUUCAUGGGGACCAGAUUCAUACAGCGGAGAGCUCUGGCAAGGCGGGCGUGCCCUCACACAGCACAAAUCCACCAAGGCAUAUCUAAACUUUCUUAAAGUAUUUGGCCACCAGGGUGAUGGUGCACUGCUAGCCGAGUCGUCGCAAAAUGCCUGGCAAGAAAGACCCCAAGAAGGACGACAAAAAGAAGGGUGGGAAACCCGAACCUGAGAAAAAGAAAGAGGAAGAAAAGAAAGGGAAGGAGGACAAGAAAGGAGGGAAGGAUGACAAGAAAGCCGCAAAAGAUGACAAGAAGGGAAGGAGGAAUGAUAAAAAAGGGGGUAAGGAUGACAAGAAAGGGAAGGAUGUCAAGAAAGGAAAGGAGGACAAGAUGGGAGGAAAGGAUGAUAAGAAGGGAGGUAAAGACAAAGGAAAGGGAAAGAAAGUGGAAUCAGAGGAGGAGGAGGAGGAUGAACUCCUGGAUGAUGAAGAAGAAGAGGAAGAGGACUUGAGCGAAGAAGAGGAAGAGGAGGAGGAUUACAGGAGGGCUCGGGCAGGAGGAGGACGCGGGGCGGCGGAGAAGGGAAGACGAACAAGAGGCGGCAAAGACUUGGAAGAAGACGAGGAGGAAGAGGAUGAAGAUGAUGAGGAGUACGAAGAGGAGGAUCUCAGAAAGAAAUCAAAAGAUGGCCACCACCACCGCCAUAAGGAUGGGAGGUCAGAUGUCGAUCCGAAGAGGAAAGGGAAGACGAGCGAGGAAGCGGCUCCGAUUCCCAGUCGGGAAAUCCCCAAAAAAGGCCUCAAGAACAUGUCCCGCAUGUUCAUGAAGUUUUCUGGUUUCAAGCGGCGGAGAAACAGCCGGAAGAAGCUCAAGAGCACCUCACGCUUGUUCCUUGGACUGGGCAAGAGGCGGAACCGACUGGCCAAGAAGAAACGCCGCAAGUCGAUGCUGAAGAACACGUCUCGCUUCAUGAUGAGGUUCAAGGCCAGCAAAAAGCGAAAGAAGGAGGCCAAGGAGAAGGCCGCAAGCGACGGCAAGAAGCGCACCUACAUGCUGCUGCGCCUGGGCGGUGGCGGCAACUCGUCUGAGAAGAAGGGCGGAUUCUUCAAGGGCUUGUUUGGAAAAAAAAACGGACUCGCCGGCUCCAUUGGUGGACUCAAGGGCAGGAGUGCAGUGCUAGGUCGGGUUGCCGCGGCGGCUAAAUGGCUGAACAACCAUUUCCUGUUCAACAAGAUGCGAGGACGCGCUGAGCAGAAUUACUUGGAGGGAAACCGCGGGCACAGCCGCCGACGCCACCUCCAUGGGUACCACAAUCGUGGCUAUGAGCACUGGGAAGAUCCCGAUGAAUAUCAUAGUUACGGACACUUUGAUUACAGCUGUGGCGGUUACGGUGACGAGGUACAUUUUGGGGGACAAGGUCCAAGGAUUUACUAUGAUGAUGGAGUUGGGGCAGACUACCAGGACUUGGGGUACUACGAAGAUGAGGGCAUCUACGACCCCAAUGCGGAAUAUUAUAGUCAAGGUCUUUAUGACGAGGACGCAGAGGCCUACUAUGACCCCCACCUGGUUGCCCAAGGGUACUACGACAACCAGGAACUAGCAUUAUAUGGCUACCAGGAACAACCACAAGUGAUGCCAAUGUACAAUGAAGUGGGUCUAGACUACUAUGCGCCAAUGGGUGAGGACCCAGGAUAUGGACUUCAUCAGGCUCAGGUUCAUUAUGAUGCAAAUGGCCAAGCGGAGUGUUAUGAGAACAGUCAAGCUUAUUUCAACAAUGUCCAUGCAGCAGCUUUUGGAAUCCAAAGCGAAGCUCUACCAAACUACCAUGAUGUUGGCGGUGUGCCCUACCAGGAGCACUACAACUCUCAGCUGAUGCUUGGUUAUCCUACAGGAGGCCAGCAAGUGAUGGAAGUACAGUCUCUGUAUGGGGACCAGAACGCAGACCAGGUGGAUCAAUAUGGGGGAGAUUCUGGAGGGCUUCAGGGGGGUGAGACAUUCCGAGUUCCCAGACCUCAAGUGCGUCUCUUUGGAAAAGAGCGCCUUGAAGUACCACUCCCCCCUCCACCUAAUCUUCCGCCUGAUCCAGAAUUUGAAGACAUGUCCGAUAUCCAGUACGAAGACCAGAUACCUCUCGCACCAGGUCAUUCGACUGGUAUAAUGUUCGAGCAGCAAUUGAUAUCUCCGCAAGAACAAAUGAUGAUGUCCCCUAAGCAACUCAUGCCAGCGUUGUCACCGCAGCAGCAAACCUUAGUGGAGCGAAAUAUGGUACCCGAAAUGCUGCCACUCCAGGUUAUGUCCCCACAACACAUGUUAACCCCCCAACAAGGGAUGUUGUCUCCAAUGAUUAUGCCCCAAUCGAUAAUGCCGCCUGAGGAGCAAGUGGCAAUAUCACAGCAACCAGCGAUGUCGCCACAAAUGAUGCUUCCUCAAAGAGUGAUGUCACCUGAGGAGCAGAUGGUGUUGCAGCAAACAAUGUUGUCAUCUCACGAACAGAUGAUGUUGCAGCAGCAGAUAAUGUCACCGCAAAUGAUGAUUCCCCAUGCAAUGAUGUCACUGGAAGAACAUAUGAUGUCACCGCAAAUGCUGUCACCCAAUCCACUGAUGAUACCCCAGCAGGCUUACGACCUCCCGUCAGUCCCCUCGCCAACUGCAGUGAUUAUCAAGCAAGCAGGUAUGUCCCGACCCCUUCCUGCCCACCGCAUGCUAUCCUCUCCCAGCCCAUCGCGGCGCUCUGUCAUGAUCCCCCCACCUCAGGUACCACAUGACCCCAAUCCUCCGGCCUCAAGGAUACCCUCACCAAUUAUGCCACAAAGGCAUAGCUCCUUCCCACAUUCAGCCAUUAGGAAUAAGAUCACAAAUGUCCAAAGACCCCCCUCUGUCAUUUCGCGGAAGAUUUCGCAUCCUCCCUCUCCCGUGGCUUCCCCUCUGGCUCGUCCCAGAAUGCGAGCUCGGUUCCCCCAGGCUGGGAUACCCCCGCCAUCAUUUUCACCCCGUGCUACCACGAUUCAGCGAAGUCCUCCACCAUCACCAAGGACCUCAAUGAUACAGCGCUCUCCUCCGUCGUCACCACGUGCCUCGAUAAGGAUGCAAAGUCCACCGACAACAACCGCUCCUGCCAGAAGUCCAUUUGGAGGGAGGAGGUUGACUGAACAUCCUCCUCCACAUCCUGUAUCUCCUGCCCUCUCUCCUCAACUCAGCAGAAGGCAAUCUCCCACUCAAUCUCACCGAAGUUUAUCACCCGAAGAGCGUGGACCAGUAUCUCCCACGCUCUCCCGUCGUUCGACUCGGCUAAUAAGGGAUCCCACACCACUAACUAGACCCAGGAUGGGUGGCAAUGUUCCCUUAGGAACUGUCAGACCAUCACCUAUGGGGCUUAGAGGGCGUCCAGUACCCCCACCCACCCAGAAUGUGCGUCCAUUCCGUGCCGCUUCUAUAAGAAGCAAUAGAUCAUCUGUUCUUACUAUAGACUCUUCUCAUCAGUCUUCUCCUUUUCAGUCACCUCACACGAUACAUCGUGCUCCCCUUGUGAGGCGUGAGUCUGGCCUUUUUCCUCCGCGCCCUGUGGCCCGUGGGCGACCACUUGUGGCCCAAAAUUCCUUGAGGAGGAUACCUCCUGCUUCUCCCUCGCUCAGGCACAUUUCACAUCCUGCAUCCCCACGCCUCUCUCCUCGACAUUCUCGUACGUCCACCCCACUCUUGCCUCCUCCCGGCGUCCAUCCUCCAGAGCUGUAUGGCUCGGCCCUGUAUGUGGAUCCUUUCACCGACCCAGUUGCUCCACCUGUUUCACCGAUGCUUUCUAGUGCCUUACAAAAUCAAACUAUUAGACAGGCUUCUUUAUCUUCCCCUUGUGGCCUUCAAGCCGUCCCAGUGGUCGAGCCGCAUCUUCCUUCAUCACCUUUUCUCCCUGCUGCGGGGCAAAAACAAGCACUUCAAGAUGGCUUCAACCAUUCCCCAUUGGCCACCCAUGGGUCACCCAUGAUUCCUUCUCCGUUUUUGUCCGGAGCGCUGCAGAAUCAAGCGGUGAGAGACACAUCCCACGUUUCUCCUUUGCAGAGGUCACAAUCUACCUAUGAGCAACCUAAUGCCCCUUCCUCCCCAAUGGUAUCCAGAGCCUUGCAAAACCAGGCAGUCAGAGACGCAUCUUAUGCUUCCCCUCUACAAAGGCCAGAAUCCCCUUAUGAGGAGCCUGUGGCCUCUUCCUCCCCAAUGGUUUCCAGAGCGCUGCAAAACCAGGCGCUGAGAGAUGCCUCCUAUGUUUCUCCUCUACCAAGGCCGUUCUCGCCUUAUGAGGAGCCUGUGGCCCCUUCCUCCCCAAUGGUUUCCAGAGCGCUGCAAAACCAGGCGCUGAGAGAUGCCUCCUAUGUUUCUCCUCUACCAAGGCCGUUCUCGCCUUAUGAGGAGCCUGUGGCCCCUUCCUCCCCAAUGGUUUCCAGAGCGCUGCAAAACCAGGCGCUGAGAGAUGCCUCCUAUGUUUCUCAUCUUCCAAUGCCUCAGUCCCCAUAUUCCCCGCCUGGGCCUUCAUCCCCACUGCUUUCUGGAGCCAUGAGACACGGUCAAGCACUCAGAGGCGUGGCUUCCUAUCCCACUCCGCAGUUCCGCACGCCAUAUGGACCGACAUAUGUUACCGGGUACGAUUAUAUAUCUGAGCCUGGCCCAGCACUGCUGCUCUAUGACGCUUUGCAGAACCGCGCCGACUUUCAGAGCGUUGCGUCUUUAAGGUCCCCAAUGAUACAAAGCCCUUACGGACCUGUCAGCCCCAAGCUGCACAGGGCACUGCAGCAGAACCCAAACCUCCGCCAAGCAUCCUAUCAGACUCCUUUGCAACUCAGGUACCCCUACGGACCCCCGCAACCUUCUUCACCGAUGCUGACGAGUGCCAUCCACAAUCCACAGCUUAUUCAGGCGUCAUACAGGAUGCCAAAUGGAACUUUAGUGUUACCUUAUGUGGAACCACGUUCCUCACCGCGGCUCAGUCAAGCCUUGCAAAACCAGCAAAUCCGGGGAGCUUCAUACAUCUUGCCUGAUGGAUCAAUUAUCACGGACCCGCGAAUUCCCCAGAAACCGAUGUCUCCUGACCUUGCCAGAGCGCUUCAGAACCAGGAUCUCAGGACUGCUACGUACACCCUACCCGAUGGCACAAUUAUCGACCCUAAACACCAACAACCAGUUUCCCCAGACCUCACUAAGGCCCUAAAGAACCCUGCAUUACGUGAAGCAUCCUACUCGCUGCCAGACGGUACUAUCAUUAUUGACCCGAAAAAAUCAAAAUCCCCUAAUGUCGCAGCAGCACUUCAGAACCCAUAUCUGAAAUCGGCAUCGUACACCCUGCCCGACGGCACAAUCAUUAUCGACCCGCGGAAGCCCGUCUCUCCGAGUCUUGCCAAUGCCCUUCAGAACCCUGUCCUCAGGAAUGCCUCCUUUAACCUGCCGGAGGGAGUUCGAGACCCCAAUACACCCAUCUCGCCAGACUUGUUAAAGGCUCUUAAUAACCCAGCCUUGAAGGGGUCAACCCUCACCCUUCCUGAUGGAACCAUGAUCCUCGACCCAAGAAAACCAAAGAGUCCCACUCUGACCGCUGCCCUUCAGAACCCCUACCUGAAGGGUGUGUCGUACACCCUGCCUGACGGAACCGUCAUCAUUGACCCGCGUAAACCGCUCGCUCCCGACUUGUCAAAAGCUCUUUCCAAUCAAAACAUUCGGAAUGCUUCUUAUCAACUGCCUGAUGGUUCCCUGGCCAUCCCUGGUCAGCACCCUGCGACUCCAAACCUCACUGCUGCUCUGCGGAAGAACAUGACCCUUCGUUCUUCCGAUCUCUUCCACCUCCCACAAAACUCUUCGUUCACGGGGGCACCAAAACCCGACAGUCCGAACCUUUCCUCUGCACUGAAGAAUGAUGAACUGCGUGGCAUCCGUUAUAGGCUGCCCGAUGGCUCUGUUCUGACAAGACGGUUUCACAAUCCCAGCCUAGCCAACGCCAUCCAAAACCAGCAGCUUCGCUACGCUUCGUACAGACCCCCAACAGCGCUGUACGGCACGGAUAAUCGCUACGCUGCAGUCCCACCCUACGGGCCGCACUCAGGCCACUGGGCACGGAAUGCCAGAGGCGGCGGCGAAAUGGGGGAGGAUGUGUGGGCAGCUGAGAGAAUUUUGCCUCACGGAACGGUCCAGCAUCUGGCCAAGUGGUCUAUGUAUAGGGAGACCGGUGUUUUGGACGGCUAUUUACCCACACCCACUGUCGACAACGGAGAGCUUCAGGAUCCAGACUGGACUCCUGUCCGAGAGAGGGUUCCUGGGCAGAGCUGGUAUGACAAGAUCUACUCUAUCCUAAGUAUGCCAACAACCAGCCACAGGGUGAAGCGCUGGGCUGAGGGCAUGGAAGACUUGACGCAGCUGCCUGAACUGAAUGAGACCACUGUCCUGAUGAACCUGAAGAAACGCUACGACCAGGAGCUCAUUUACACGUACAUUGGCAGCAUCCUGGUCUCCCUCAACCCCUACAAGCUGCUUAACAUUUACGGCACAGACAUGGUACUGCAGUACGAGGGACAUGGCCUGAGCGACAACCCUCCUCAUCUUUUUGCCCUCGCUAAUCUCUCCUACACCAACAUGAUGGAUGCCAAAGACAACCAGUGUAUUGUGAUCAGUGGAGAAAGUGGGUCGGGGAAGACGGAAGCCACCAAAGUGAUCCUACGCUACCUGACAGCCAUUCAUCACAAGCGAAACGUGACGCAACAGAUCGAGAUCCUGGAAGCCACGCCCCUAUUGGAGUCCUUUGGCAAUGCCAAAACGGUGUGCAACGACAACUCUUCACGUUUUGGCAAAUUCACGCAGAUCUGCAUGGAGGAGGGUGUAAUCAGCGGUGCCAUCACGUCUCAAUACCUGUUGGAGAAGUCUCGCAUUGUCUUUCAGGCCAAAUCAGAGAGAAACUACCACAUCUUCUACGAGAUGCUGGCGGGCCUUCCUCCGCACGAGAAGCGCUCGCUUUAUCUGCAGGAUGCUGAGACCUACUACUAUCUCAACCAGGGAGGCGAUUGCAAAAUUGCCAGCAAGGACGACGACGAGGACUUCCGCCGGCUACUGAGCGCCAUGGCCAUCUUGCGCUUCACUGGCGAGGAGCAGAAGGCCAUCUACCGGCUCCUGUCCUCCAUCCUCCAUCUCGGCAACGUCUACUUCCAGUCGCAGGAGGCUGGUGGUGGUCAGGAGUCAUCGGCGGCGGUGGUGGUGAGCACUCAGGAGAUCCGAGUGGUCGCCGAGCUGCUGCAGGUGUCGGCCGAAGGCCUGCAGAAGUGCAUCACCUUCAAAGUCAUGGACACAGUCAGGGAAAAGAUCGCCACUCCGCUCACCGUGGAGAGCGCUGUGGAUGCCAGAGACGCCGUUGCCAAGAUCCUCUACUCGCUGCUCUUCAACUGGCUGACGGAGCGUAUCAACGGACGGGUGUACCCCCGCAACGAGGCACUCUACAUCUCCAUACUGGACAUUUAUGGAUUCGAGGAGCUACAAGUGAACAGUUUUGAGCAGCUGUGCAUCAACUUUGCCAACGAAACUUUGCAGUUCUUCUUUAACAAAGUCAUCAUCCAACAGGAGCAGGAGGAGUACAUGCGCGAGCAGAUCGAGUGGCGCCAGCAGCCCUUCGGCCACAACCGGGCCUGCCUGGACCUCAUUGGCGCAAAGCCUCACGGGAUCCUGCGCAUCCUUGAUGACCAGUGUGGUUUUCCUCAGGCCACAGACCACACGUUCCUGCACAAGUGCCAUUAUCACCAUGGUGACGACCCCCUGUACGUCAAGCCAAAGAUGCCGCUGCCCGAGUUCACCCUCAAACACUUUGCCGGCCAAGUCACCUAUCAGGUCCACAAGUUUCUGGACAAGAACUUUGACACGGUCCGCCAAGAUGUCGUGGACCUUUUCAUCGGCAGCAAAAACGCACUGGUGUCCGACCUCUUCCUGAAGCAUUCUGAAGCAGUGUCGCAGCAUCGGCGUGGCGCGCGGCGCAGCGGCAGCGCUCGGCGCUUUCAGGCCAGCACGGUGGGCGGCAAGUUCCAGAGCAGCUUGCAGGAGCUGCUGGAGAAGAUGGAGAGGUGUCGCCCUUACUUUGUGCGCUGCCUCAAGCCCAACCGGCAGAAGGAACCGGCGAUGUUUGACGCGGACCUGAUGAGCACGCAGCUGCGCUACUCCGGAAUCAUGGAGGCCAUCCAAAUACGCAAGGAGGGCUAUCCUGUCAGAUUGACUUUUCACAGCUUCCUCACCAGGUACAAAGCGCUGCUCUGCCUGAAAGAGCCGCCCGUGGCCGACGGAGAAAACUGCGUGAUCAUGCUGCGAAAGCUGGGACCCGUCAAGGUCGGCUCCUACCAGCUGGGGGUCACCAAGAUCUUCCUGAAGGAGGAUCUUCACCGGCUCCUGGAGGGCAAGCGGGACCGCGUGCUCAACAUCGCCGCCCUCACGCUGCAGCGAUACGUGCGCAUGUACUUCAUCCGCAAGAACUUUGUCAAGUUCCGACACUGCAUGACGCUGCUGCAGGCCCGAUGCAAAGGAUUCCUCGUCAGAAAGAAGUUUGCUCGCCUGCGGAAAGGUUUCGUGGCGUUAGGCGCCAGCGUGCGAAUCGUCGUCAACCGGCAGCGCUACAUCAGGACGGCGGUGGAGCCAGCCAGGAAGGCUGCGGAGGACCGCAUCAAGCGAGAAGUGGUGAACGUGACGGCGCUGCCCAUCCCCGCUCAGUUGGCGGCGCUGCUUCAGGCAACUUCAGGUGGCACCGAGCUGCACUCGGACUGCCUGGCGCUGGUCCAGGCUCCCAAAGUUCAGGUUGAACCACAGCUGACCUUGCCCCUGGACAUCAACGACUACCUCAUGACUCAUUACGUCCGCGCCAUAUUUAGGGACCCGUACUUCGGGAUGCUGACAUCCCCUCUGGAGAACUCCCUGACCCGGUUGCAUCACAACUUGAAGCAAGGAGCCCUCGACAUCUUUGUUCUGAUUCUUCGUUUCAUGGGUGACCCCGAGCUGAACGGCGCUCAGGAGAACCUCUUCGGCAACUACAUCGUCCAGAGAGGGCUCGCCAACGCCGAGCUCCGAGACGAGAUUUUCGCUCAAGUGGCCAAUCAGGUUUGGAGGAAUCCCAACGCGCUGAACUGCGAGCGGGGGUGGCUGCUCAUGUCCUCCUGUCUGGGCGCCUUCCCGCCUUCCCCGAGGCUGGCCAAGCACCUGCUCAAGUUCGUGUCAGACCACGGGCCUCAGGGCUACGACGCGGUGUGUCAGCACGCUCUGCUGCAGGCCAUGCAGCGCUGCGGCGGCGGCGAGUACACGCGCAUCUACCCGCCGUGUCUGCUGGAGUGGACCGCCAACCGCAAGCGAGCGCACGCCCUGCUCCACGUGCACUGCUUUGACGGUGUGUCCGUCCUGUGUCCCGUGCACUCUUGGAGUACAGGCGAGAACGUGGCCAAAGACAUCUUGCAACACAGGGGCGUGGCCGAGGGCCGUCGGGGCUGGUCCGUUCUCUUGAAGGAGUCGGCGCAGUGGGUGGAGCUGGAGGGAUCGGACUAUGUCCUGGACCUGAUGUCGGACCUGGAGUUGCCCGCCCAAUUCCCCAAGCGCGCCGGCUACUUCGUCAUUUCGGCGCAGGAACCGGGACGCCUACGGGCCAAUGCCGGCAUAAGUCUGCUGGGUGUCGGCUUUGACGGCAACGACGAAUUCCUCUCCCGCGAGGGCUUUGCGAGCCAGGGUAAGCGUGCGCGCGCGCAUACGCCCGCACGCUCAAAUGAAUGUUAAACGGUCUCCUUCUCCUUAGACUCGGAGCCUCAUCGAGGGAUGGAUCGCUUUUUGGAUAGCCUGUUUGACCCGGUGCUGUCCGACGGGAGCGCGGAAGCGGACUUGGCCGCACCGCUCUCCAGCAGGAUGAAGGGCCGCGGAGGAGUCGGGUGGCGAGACCAGGGCCCUUCGGGCGGCCCCCCGCCCCCACCUGGCGCUGUUCGAGUGCUUCCCUUUGGGGGUGCGAUGUCGCUUCCCGUUGCCGCCGUGGCCCCCGUGACGGAGGCCCCGUCAAGCCCCCCGACCCCGCCCGUCAUGAGCCCCCCCGGCACCCCUGUGCUCCAUCACCCCCCCAGCCCCUACGCUCGGGACAUCCCGCCCAGCCCGUACGCCAACUUCACGCCGUCCCCCUACGCCGCCAUGGGCCCGCUGUCCAGUUCGUACCCUCCCACGUCGGAGCCCGAGCCGGACCCUCAGACGGGCGUCGCCCAAACCGCCUUGCCGCCGCAGGCUAACGCGCAGGCUGCGUCUGCUGACGACCAAAAGGACGGCGCUCAACACUGGGGAGGUCCUGCAGUUCCCAUCAACAAAGACCAACCGGGCAAAAGCUUUGCCCCGGUGGUGACGUCUCCUGCCCCCCCUGCUGGCAAGGUGGUGAAGUACUCGGCUCAAAUUUCCGAGCAGAUUGUGCCUUGUCAGGAUAUUCAAGAAAUGAUCAGGCGCUAUAACUCUCCACCUCCCCCGAUGGCGCCGCUUCCACCCGGGAAAAGGAGACCAGAGGGUAAAUUUAAGAAGAAGCAGACGCCUCGUGACGAAGCUUUGCAGAUCUUAAAACCGCGGAUGGACAAGCCUCCCGUUCCGCAGCUCAAGCGUGCCGCGGUCCACCCCCCCUACGCGUCUGCCAAUCCGGAGACCAACUUCCAGCCCACGAAGAGCACAGGGAGCAGAGCGCCUCAUCAUCCGGCGCCGGUUCCUGCGGCAGUGUCCCGAGAGCUUCCGGUGGAAUCGGAGAACAUUCAAACCAGACUGCACCGGAGCGCCAACCGGGAGCACUACACCUACACCAACGUUCCCUGGAAACUCUACCUCAGGAAAGAGAUCUUCUAUCCCAAAGACAGCGUCAACAAUCCGCUGGUCUUGGACCUCAUUUUCAAGCAGAUCGUCAACGACACCCUGUCAGAGGCGUGCGUCCGCAUCCGCCGCGAUGAAAGGCAGCGGAUGAAAGCUCUCUUUGAUGAACACGGGUUGCAACGCCGCAACGAUCCGGUGGAGGAGCGAGUGAAGAAAAGCGUUGUUACGGCCGCCAAGGACACCUGGGAAAUCUACUUCUCCCGACUCUUCCCGGCAUCGGGCAGCGUGGGAACCGGCGUGCAGGUGCUGUCGGUGUGGCAAGGCGGCAUCAAGCUGCUCAAGACGGUGAAGAGCAGCGCCGCAGAGCCAGACUACUUCAGAGUCCUCAACGCGUACACCUACGCAGACAUCCUGUUUGUGACCAUCCCCUCGGAGAACAUGCUGGAGUUCAACCUGAGCAAGGAGAAGCUGAUCUUGUUCUCGCCCAAGGCGCCUCAGGUCAAGCGGCUGGUGGACGCCUUUAUCGCGGAGAUGAAGAAGGAUUCGGAAUACGUCGUGGCCGAGCGGAACUUCGUGGCCGCGCCGCACCACAUGCUCAACUUCCACAAGGGCGAUGUCAUCCGGCUGCAGCCGCUGGACGGCCUGGACAAAGGUUACAGUUAUGGCUGCGUGGUCAGGAAGAAGGUGGUCUUCUUGGAGGAGCUCAAGAAGGACACGCAAGACUUUGGUUGGAAGUUCGGCGCCGUGUUUGGGCGCUCGGGGGCCUUCCCGUCCGAGUGCGUCCACCCGGUCGCGCCUCCUGAUUUCCUGUCCCUGCCGUCGGAGCGCAAGGCGGAACCCCGAGGCGGCGCCGGCCAGUUCGCCGCCUCGUCGGCCGUAGCCGUUGCCGUGGCGUCCGCCGCGGCCGCGCACGAGAUAGACCAGACCGUCGAGAGGUUUUCUCUGGAGGACUUUGAUGGCGACGCGGACGAGAGGACCUUGCAGGACAGUCAAUACGACAUGCUGGAAUUUGCCAGGAAGUACUUCAGACAGGCCACCCCCGGGAGGGGCGAGUCCCUGAAGAAUAAGAGCAAGAGCCGAGUCUCCAGAGAGCCCGAGGAAAUGAUCAAGUUCUCCAAGAUUCCCCUGAGCGAGUCCCUCAUCGAGUUCACGGAUCCAGCCAUGAACCGAGUGGCGGCGGACAUUUUCCUUUCGGUGAUGCGCUUCAUGGGGGACUUGCCGUUAAAGGGACAGACGGAGCAGGAAGCGGUCAGUGCUCUGCUCAAGCUGAUCGGAGAGUUCACCUUGAUGAGGGAUGAGGCCUACUGUCAAGUGGUCAAACAGAUCACAGCCAACACCAGCUCCAAACCCGAGAGCUGCCAGCGAGGGUGGAGGCUGCUGUACGUCCUGACGGCGUUCAGUGGCUGCUCUGAGGUCCUCAAGCCCUUCCUGCUCAAGUACCUGACGCAGGCCUCCCUCGGCGCCGGGGCGCCGUAUCAGGGGAUCGCCAACGCGUGCCAACAGAACCUGAAGAAAACUUUCCGAUACGGCGGGCGCAGCGUCGCCCCCAACAACAUGGAGCUGCAGGCCGUGAUGGCGGGCAGAAGCUCCAAACGUCAGCUGUUCCUCUUCCCGGGCGGCCUGGAGCACUACGUGAAGAUCAAAACCUGUUCCGUUUCCCUGGAGGCCAUGGAGGAGCUGUGCUGUGAGAUGGGCCUGCACAGGUUGGAGGCCAUCGAGGAGUACGCCAUCUUCUUGGUCACCGACGGAGGUCAGAACGUGCGUCCUCUCAACAAACACGAGUACAUCCUGGACGUGGCCACCCGAGCCGAGUUGGCCGACACCAACUACAGCUUCUGGUUCCGGCGUGUCGUCUGGACUCAGCCUCUCAAAUUUGACAAUGAGCUCUACGUGACCAUGCACUAUAAUCAGAUCCUUCCGGACUACCGCAAAGGUCUCCUGAAUGUCCUCCCGCCAGGAAAGGUGAGCGAGCAGCACUUCCAUCAGAUGUCCAAGCUUGCCGCCUUGCAGCACAGAGCCAAAGACGCGGCCUUCAUCCCCAGCAUACACGAGCUGUCGGAGUACGUCCCGGCGCUGCUCUUUGAAAAGCAGGCGCCGCAGCGGUGGGUUGCCAUGGCGACGCAGCACACGCAGCAGGUCCGGGCGCUCAGCCCGCACCAGGCCCGAGCGCAAUUCAUGGGACUGGUGAGUGCCUUCCCCAUGUUUGGCUCGUCCUUCUUCUACAUCCACGGCAGCAGCUCGACCUCCUUCUACGCCCCCUGCAUCGUUGCUGUCAAUCAAAACGGUCUUCACUUCCUGCACAAAAACACCCACGAGGUGAUGGCGGCGGUCCCCCUGACAGAGGUGCAGUCCAGCCGCACCCAGAGGCCAUCUGCCGGCUCCAGCUACCCGUACGUGGACUUGGCCCUGGGCGACGCGCACGCGCAGCGGCUCAUGCAGCUGCAGCUCGAGCAGGGCCUGGAGCUGUGUCGGGUGGUCGCCAUGCAGGUGGAGAACAUGAUGUCUGUGCGUGAGAAGCGGCUGGCGCUGCCCCCCAGCGAGAUCACCGUGUUAUAGGCGAGGUAGCCAGCCCCGAAACUAUUCAACCAAUAUUUCAAUUGGAUACAUCAAUUUAAACGUUUUUAAUGCAUCUUUAAGGUAAAAAGUGACAAUGUUUGUUUUAUUUAGCAAAUGCUCAUUAAUUCAAAUGUGUCAUUUUACUUAGAAUAAAUUGCGUUAAAGUUCGGUAAAACGCUUUGUAAUUAACCAGUUGUUGAAGAAAUACAUUUAAACUUUAUUAGUCUGUCGUCAAGCAAUGAUUUAAUUAAAUGGAAAAACGUAUUUGUAAUAUACAUUUUACCUCGCACUGAGUAACACACUGUAUUACAAUUGACCGAUUUUUGAAUACAAGUACGGAUGUGUAAAAUAUAUUUCACUAGUGUCUUUAUUUGUUGACUACAUUAAAUCGAUAAUUUAAUAAAAUCCACAACAAAUGAAUAAAAAGGGUUAAGUGCAUUUAUGUAAACCUAUUUAACGGCAAAAAAUGGCAAGAUUGAUUUAACCAAUGUGACAAGAAUGUAAAUGCUUGGUGGGCCGGAUGAAAGAACGGAGUCAUUCUUUGCCCUUGGACCCUGCACAAAGGGUAUUUCUUUAAAUUCUGUCGACUGGUAAAGAUAAAAUGUGAGGUAUCGGUUGUUACGAUGUUAAAAAAAAAAAAAAAAGACAAUAUGACAAUAAAAUCAAAAUCCUCAAAAUGUCAUGUCAGUUUGUGGCGCAUCGAUGCCAAGUCGGAGUAAUUUGGACCUCAAUGAAAAUUAAGCAUGAAGGUUUACCUUUGU